UGGGGGAGGGGGUGAGGCCGAGCCCCAGGCUGUGGAUGCAUGCGUGCUCUGCAGGCCAUCAUGGGGCUCCCCUGGAGGCAGCUGCGCCCUUGUCUGCUGCUCCUCGUGGUGCUGGUGUGGCCCCAGCCCUGCACGAGCCUGGAGCUCAUCCCCUACACGCCGCGGAUAACAGCCUGGGACCUGGAAGGGAAGGUCACGGCCACCACGUUUUCCCUGGAGCAGCCGCGCUGUGUCCUGGAAGGGCACGCCAGUGCUGCCAGCACCGUCUGGCUGGUGGUGGCCUUCAGCAACGCCUCCAGGGACUUCCAGAGUCCCCAGACACUGGCUGAGAUCCCAGCCUCCCCGAGGCUGCUGACGGAUGGCCACUACAUGACGCUGCCCCAGACCCUGGAUCAGCUGCCCUGUGAGGACCCAGUGGGUGGCAGGGGGGGCGCCCCGGUGCUUAGGGUGGGCAAUGACGCCGGCUGCCUUGCUGACCUCCAGCAGCCACCCUACUGCAACGCCCCCCUCCCCGGCCCUGGACCUUACAGGGUGAAGUUCCUCCUGAUGGACUCCAAGGGCUCACCCCAGGCCCAGACGAGGUGGUCCGACCCCAUCACUCUCCGCCAAGGGAAGUCCCCAGGCUCCAUUGACACGUGGCCAGGCCGGCGAAGUGGCGACAUGAUUGUCAUUACCUCCAUCCUCUCUUCUCUGGCCGGUCUCCUGCUCCUGGCCUUCCUGGCAGCCUCCAGCGUGCGCUUCUCCAGCCUGUGGUGGCCGGAGGAGGCCCCAGAGCAGCUGCGAACCGGCUCCUUCAUGGGGACGCGUUACAUGACCCACCACAUCCCACCCAGCAAGGCUUCCACGCUGCCCGUGGGCUGCGAGCCUGGCCUGGAACCCCUCCCCAGCCUCAGCCCCUAGCCUGGCCCAUACAGCUGGGGCUGGGGCAGUGGGGGACCUGCACCUACGUGCCCCUCCCCCAUCGCACCUCCCCACCCUGCCUGAAAUCCAUCCCACCACUAGCAGCCCUGCCUUGGGCUUUCCCAG